UCCAGUGCGGGGAGGGCGCAUCUUGUAUAAAGGGCUGCCUGCGUGAAGGGGGCUCCAGCAGCUGCUCCCUCACUCUGGGCCGGGACAUGGAACUUCCCCUGCUGUGUGCGCUGCUGGUGCUCACUGGUGUGACUCCAGCCCAGGGCGGGAUUCUGAACCUGAGAAAGAUGAUCCAACAAGUGACCGGGAAGCUACCCAUCCUCUCCUAUUGGCCCUACGGCUGUUACUGUGGGACUGGCGGCAGAGGCACACCCGUCGAUGCCACGGAUAGGUGCUGCCAUACCCAUGACUGCUGCUAUGCUCACCUGAAGUUGCACCAUUGCCAUUUCAACAUAGACCAUUACAGCUACAACAUUAGCCAGGGGGACGUCCACUGCUCUGACAAAGGGAGCUGGUGUGAGCAGCAGCUAUGUGAUUGCGACAAGGAGUUGGUCUUCUGCCUGAAGCGCAACUUGGACACCUACAACAAGGACCAGCGUUUCGUCCGGUUCAAGCCCCGUUGCUGGGGCAGAAAACUUAUGUGCUAGAAGAAGCCUGCCCAGCACGUCCCCUACCCUGGUCCUUGGAAGUCGCACAGGACCGUUGACAUCCCUGCCCCAGGGGUCACUAACCCCCUGAACCAGCCUGGCUCCUUUAACACACUCCCCGGAAGAGGGAGGACCUCAGCUUCUUUCCCACCACCCACCUUGCCUCUUGGACCUUCUAAAUCUUCCCAACCCGGGCAGCAGCUGUCUCUUUAAGGGUGGAUUGUGAUCUUAGGAAAAGCCAAAGCCAGGGAGCCCUGGAGGAUGGUGUUUGAGCAGAAGCAGCAGGUGUUGGGGGCGGGGCCGGGGGGGCUGAGGAGUGGCAGGUUCUCCCUGCCAAUGCCACUCCCUCACCAGGCCUCCCAGUUCCAUCUCACUCCUUCAAUACACUGUCCAAGCUGCAGCCAGAGUGGCCGCUUUGAAGGACAACCUGAUCUUCCCGUCCCCAGGACUCUACUUCUUAAAACCCUAAGGCCUUCCCUCACCCCAGGAUAAGGCCUCUGGCAGGAGUUCGGGGCCCACACUCUCUGGUGCUGUAUCCCUCUCCCUGCUAGGCUUGGAGGUCCUGGUUGGUGGGGCCCAUGCCUGUCUCAGGCUCAUCUGCGUCCCUGGUGCCCAAAGCAGUGUCAAGAAGGGGCUCCAUAAAAGCCUCUGGAGUGAAAGGCUGGAGGAAGCCCCUGCUCCUCUUACUCCAGGCCCACAAAUACAUGCCACAGGUCCUCCAGGCUCUCUCCUUUCCUGCGCUCAGGCCUUCGCCCAGGUGGGCUUCCUGCAGGAAUGUUCCCCUUGCCGUCUUCAGGAAGCUAAGCCCUCCCCAGGCUCCUAGGAGGCUCCAAGGAAGUCUCCCCAGCUGACUCCUGCCUGGCUCCAAGGCCUCACUGCCUCCUCUGAGCUUCCAUAGCACUUUCUGGGUCUGCAAUUUACCAAAUUUUACCUUGAGUGGUAGAUCAACAUCUGGACUUCUCUGGACAUAUGGAGAGAUCUCUGAUCUCUCCCAACUAGACUGGAGCUCCCAGAGGAUGGAGGCCAUAUCUGUCACACCUUUGUUUCCUCUCCUCCUCCACGUAAUAGGUGCUCAAUUAAUGCUUGUUGAUUGAAUGAGCCCAUAAUGGAUAGGUGGAGGUUGUGGCAGAUGUUGUUGGUGUCCUACUCAGAUCUCCUCAUGGCCCAGUUCCUGAGCUAAGGCAGAUGUUGGUUGUGAAGUGCUCGCAUUUGCUCACCUUCUUAAGGAUCGGCCUUGUCUGUUGGGAGCUACCUUGCCUAUUCUCCCACCCCCAGCCCGCCACUUCAAACCAAUAAGCAUGGAAAAUAAUACCACAGAGAAUAUAACUGCCCACCCCCUGUCUGUGCAGGGCCAUCUAGGUAGUACUUUGCAUGUCCAAGAGCUCUUCCUGGGGUCAGGCUAAGGGUAGACAUCUGGAACCACCUCUUUACUUGCUUUGUCCCCUGGCCUAUCCUGUCUUCCUCUUCUCUUACAAGUUUCUCCUGAGAGCACUCCCUCAAUAAAUCCUUCACUUGC